AUGUCAACUGAAAUCACCGGGAAAUCGAAUAGUAAUAAGAAAUUAAAGGAAUAUCAUGAAUCUGAACGUGCAGAAAAAAAUCGUCAACGAGCAUUAUUGUUGAAAAAAUCAAAACUUUCUGCCCAUCCUCAUUCUCAAGAAAAUGAAGAAAAACAUAAAGAUGAAGCUGUCCAAGGUAGAUCUAUCAAGGUACAAGGACAAACAGUUAUUGACACCGGAGGUGGUUUUUUAAUUGAAGACGACGAUGAUUUGGAGCAGCAGAUGUUAAAAAUAGAAGAGAUACCCGCACCAAUAAUAGAAAAUUUGCCACAAUGUGAAGAAUGUAAAAAAGAUUUUAAGGAUUCAUACCUAUUGCAGAAAUUUGAUUAUGCUGUUUGCGAUGCAUGCAGAGAUCCAGAUGAUAAGCAUUCAUUAAUAACUAGAACAGAAGCAAAAGAAGAGUAUUUAUUAAAAGAUUGUGAUUUUGAUAGAAGAGAACCAAAUCUAAAGUAUAUUGUAAAGAAAAAUCCACAUAAUCCACGUUGGGGUGAAAUGAAAUUGUAUUUACAUUUGCAAAUUGAAAAACGGGCUCUAGAAGUAUGGGGUACAGAAGAAGAUUUAUUAGAAGAACGUGAAAAACGUGAUGUUAAGCGCCAGGAAGGAAAAUUAAAAAAAUAUAAUAAAAAACUCAAACAAUUAAGAAUGGAAGUAAGAAGCUCGAUUUAUGAUAAAACCAAAAAAUCAUCUCACACCCAUAAGUUUGGCGAAGAUACGUACAAUGAAGAAGAUGAUACAUAUACUCGUGCUUGUGUUGAGUGUAAUUUUGAAGAAACUUUUGAAAAAAUGUAA